UCAUUUUCAACCCAGUAAUCACUUCCCUUAAGUUCAUUUUAGAUUUUUUCGAUAUCAUUAUAUUUUAUUGUAAUCAUUUCAAUUCAGUUCAGUUUCAAUUUAUUUUAUUAUAUAAAUAUAUACUUACCUCCAUAUGUUUGUAUAAACACGAUGUCUGAUGAAGGACUUCUCACCUCAUUCUCGGCUGAUCCAGGUUGCAGUGUGGUUAUAUUGUUGGAGUAUGAUCAACGUUGCGAUUAUGUACGUGGAACAGCGGCUUGCACUCGUAUGGGUAGAUUAGGAAAUUAUAUAGAAAUUCUCUACUGCGAUUUGAAACCACACAAUGAUACCCAACAAAUUUUAUGCUCUUGCUUUCUAAUGACUAUUUGCGUCCUAAUCUAUAUUGUGUUGGGAUGUACCGUUGAAAAUUGUUUUUGUCCUGCUUUGAAAGUCGUGUCAAAAAUGUUGGGCCUCAAUGAGCAUUUAGCCGGUGUUACAUUACUAGCAUUUGGCAAUGGGGCACCUGAUAUGAUUGGCUCGUUCUCAGAUUUUGGGCGUGGACCUAUGUUCCCAGAUUUAUUUGGAGCUGGUGUAUAUGUGGUACUUCUGGUGUCAGGGCUGAUUUUCGUAUUUUACCCUUUUGAACUACAAUGGAAUAAUGUUUUAAGAGAUGCUUGCUUUUUAAGUUUUGGAAUCAUUUACGUUGACUACUGUUGCGUAACGGAUGGAGUGGUCACACGCACUGAGGCUGUAUCGAUAAUGUCGGUGUACAUAUUAUAUCUUAUGGUAAUAUUUAUCGAACAGUUCUUACUCAAACAAAGCGUUAAAAUGUUGCAAUCAAAACUUAGGGACAAAAAGUAUGCCACAGCGGCAAACCUUGCUAAGUUGGAACAAUUACGGGCAGAGGCAGGCAUAGAAAUUUUGGAUCGUACCUCACGAUUAUCAGUAGAUGUAAAUAGAACACGAACAAUGUCAUUUGAUGCAGCUUUAAAUAAACCUAAUAAGGAUCUUUUUAAACAAUUUUUUGAGUCUCUUAACCCCAUACAAAGGGAAGAAUGGCUAGAAAGUGGUAUUGCAGAGAAGAUUUAUAUUGUCAUUACGGCCCCAUUGCUCUUUCUUCUACAGUUAUUUAUACCAACAGUAGACUUUGAGAAGGAACGUCAUGGUUGGUCAAAACUGUUGAACUCAAUCCAAAUUCCUUGGGUGCCAAUGAUUAUAAUAUAUAUAUUUUCAAAAAAUGUGUACUUAUUAGGGAUACCAUUAUGUUGCUAUACAUUACUGAUCACAAUCCCCAUUACUACCUACAUGUUGUAUACAACGCGAACAGACAUUCCGCCUAAUUAUCACCACACAACAGCGUUAUACGGGGUUGCUUGUUCAAUUAUCAUAAUUUACUUUUCCGCAACUGAAUCAGUUGAAAUAUUGCGAGUCAUUGGUAUUGUGACUAAUAGAAGUGACUCAUUUCUUGGAUGCACUUUACAAGCUUGGGGAAACAGUAUCGGUGAUUUGGUAUCAACAAUAGCUUUGUCACGUCACGGGUAUCCGAGAAUGGGUUAUGCAGCAUGCUUUGGUGGUCCAUUUUUCAAUUCAAUUUCAUCAUUUGGUGGGGUUUUCAUAUAUCAAACAUUUCGCAAAGAAACCCCCCUUUUUGUCCCUCAAGGUGCUUUGGGCGAAAAUUGUGUGGUUUUUCUCUUUAUAGCAACCAUAUCAGUUUUAAUAUGGUCAACGUUAACGAAUUUCUCAGCUCGUCGCAGCAUCGGUAUUUUUAACUUCAUUCUAUAUGCAAUAUUUUUAGUUUUCGUCUUUUUGGGUGAAUUGGAAGUAAUAGAAACUUUCGAGCCCGAAAAUGAAGAAGAAAUAAUCGAUGAUUGAAAUUAUGUUGCUUUGAAAAUAUUUCGGAUUAAUACGAAUAAAAUUAUAUUUGUUAUCUAAAUUCA